AUUGAAGAAUAUACAUAUCUUUUGAGAUCUCAAAAAUGGCGAAGAACAGUACCAGCCCAGUUAGCCUCUUUGCCAUCUCUCUCAUUUUCUUCCUUCUUGCCAACUCAGGAAGUAUUACCGAAGUUGAUGGAAAAGUCUGCGAAAAGCCAAGCUUGACAUGGUCUGGAAAAUGCGGAAACACACAGCACUGUGAUAAGCAAUGCCAGGACUGGGAAGGAGCUAAACAUGGUGCUUGUCACAGUCGGGGUGGCUGGAAGUGCUUUUGUUACUUCGAAUGUUAAUUCAUUUACACAUGAAAACAAAUCCUCAGGAGUUAGCUUUAGCUCCUUGUUGUAAUAAAGGAGGAUGUUACUAUACCUGGCUAGUGGCUACGAGUUGGAUGUUACUCAUACAAUCUACUGAUGUAUCUUUAACUUUCAAGAAUA